GGUCCUCUCUCGGCACCCCCUGGGUGCCCUCGGGCUCCGGUUCCCGCCUGCUCCUUGGAAUAACCCCUGAGGCUCCAGCCAUCGCCGCAAAGUUUCCCGAGGAGACCCGCCUCCCUGGCCGCUGCGCAGGUGAGGAAGCGAGUGGAUGAGGACUCCUCUCUGGACAGACAAGCCCAAGGGCUGAAACAGGAAUAGCAGGAACACCCCACCCUCUCCUCUCCAACUCAAGAAGCCUCUCUCUGUCCAAGAGCAGCCAAGCAGACUGGCCCCUGAGCUGCCCCCCCCCCAAAGCGGCUCCCCAAAGCGGGGCACACGGGCCUGACAGCUCAGCAGCGUGAAGCGAGGCGAGGCGGCUGCAGCCCAUGGCGAACAUCUGAACUCCUCUGAGGGGUAACAGCCCCCUCUCACACACACACAGCUUGAGUGGCAGGAAUACCGAUUCUUUGGAGAGUGGCUCCCUCUCAGCUCUGUCACGCAAGAGUGCUCUCUGCACUGAGCCCAUUCUGCCAAGUGACUUAAAGGGAUUUUAAAAAGAAAGAGAAAAAAAAAAAAAAACCUUGGUAAAGAAAACGGGGGUAACAGCCCCACAGCAGCCUUUCAGAAGAGGUGGCAGUCUUCAGACAAAAGGCCAAAGUUACAAAGAGCUGUAGUGGAAGUGGCCGCAGUGAGAGGCCACCCUCCCCGAGGACAGGCACUGGGCUGUAGGACAUGCCCUGCUCAGGAAUCCCCAGGGCUGCGGGGGGGUCCCCUGUGUACCCAAAGUGUAUAUCCAUCCCUUGCACCAGGGGGUAAAGCCAGUAGCACCCUUGCCUCAGGGUGCUGAAGAUGCAGCUUGGGACCCACAGCCUCAUCUGAGGCCCAGAAGACAGAAGCGCGGGCGGCUCUUCCUCCCCAAACACCCCAGCGCUGCCCACUGCUCCAGCUUUGCAGUCUAAACAAGUGGCUCUGGGCCUGUUAGUGCCCUGGAGCCGGGGAUGUGAACGUGACAUGGAGCCACUGCUUCCCUAGGAGCCACACUGUCAGCAGGGCCUCUGGAUCAGCGACCCCAGUGGGACCCAGCGGCUCUGGGGGCCACAGCAGCACAGGAGGUGUUAAGGCCCCAAGUCGGGUGGGUCAGGCCUCCUGCAGCUAUCCACCAUGGUGGUGGCACACUCUACCACCACCACUACCACCACUCCUACAGCCACUGUCACAGCCACGGUCGUGAUGACCACAGCCACCAUGGACCUGCGGGAUUGGCUAUUCCUCUGCUAUGGGCUCAUUGCCUUCCUGACGGAGGUCAUCGACAGUACUACCUGCCCGUCCGUGUGCCGCUGUGACAAUGGCUUCAUCUAUUGCAAUGACCGGGGGCUCACAUCCAUCCCCGCAGACAUCCCCGACGAUGCCACCACCCUCUACCUGCAGAACAAUCAAAUCAACAACGCCGGCAUUCCCCAGGGCCUCAAGACUAAGGUCAAGGUGCAGGUCAUCUACCUGUACGAGAAUGACCUGGACGAGUUUCCCAUCAACCUGCCUCACUCCCUGCGGGAGCUACACCUGCAGGACAACAACGUGCGCACCAUUGCCAGAGACUCGCUGGCCCGCAUCCCGCUGCUGGAGAAGCUGCACCUGGAUGACAACUCGGUGUCGACUGUGAGCAUCGAGGAGGAUGCCUUUGCCGACAGCAAGCAGCUCAAGUUGCUGUUCCUGAGCCGGAACCACCUGAGCAGCAUCCCAUCAGGGCUGCCCCAUACCCUGGAGGAGCUGCGGCUGGAUGACAACCGCAUCUCCACCAUCCCAUUGCACGCCUUCAAGGGUCUCAACAGCCUGAGGCGUCUUGUCUUGGAUGGCAACCUGCUGGCCAAUCAGCGCAUUGCCGACGACACCUUCAGCCGCCUGCAGAACCUCACAGAGCUCUCACUGGUGCGCAACUCGCUGGCCGCCCCGCCCCUCAACCUGCCCAGUGCCCACCUGCAGAAGCUCUACCUGCAGGACAAUGCCAUCAGUCACAUCCCUUACAACACACUGGCCAAGAUGCGUGAGCUGGAACGGCUGGACUUGUCCAACAACAACCUCACCACGCUACCCAGAGGUUUGUUUGAUGACCUGGGGAACCUGGCACAGCUGCUGCUCAGAAACAACCCCUGGUUCUGCGGCUGUAAUCUUAUGUGGCUGCGGGACUGGGUGAAGGCGCGGGCGGCAGUGGUCAACGUGCGAGGCCUCAUGUGCCAGGGCCCCGAGAAGGUCCGGGGCAUGGCUAUCAAAGAUAUCACCAGCGAGAUGGACGAGUGCUUUGAGACGGGGUCACAAGGCAGUGCAGCAAAUGCGGCUGCCAAGACGACAGCCAGCAAUCAUGCAUCCGCCACCACACCCCAGGGCUCACUCUUCACCCUCAAGGCCAAGAGGCCAGGGCUGCGCCUGCCUGACUCCAACAUUGACUAUCCUAUGGCCACAGGGGAUGGCGCCAAGACUCUGGUCAUCCAGGUGAAGCCGCUGACGGCAGACUCCAUCCGCAUCACGUGGAAGGCCAUGCUCCCGGCCUCCUCCUUCCGGCUCAGCUGGCUGCGGCUGGGCCAUAGCCCAGCAGUGGGCUCCAUCACAGAGACCCUGGUGCAGGGGGACAAGACAGAGUACCUGCUGACAGCCCUGGAGCCCAAGUCCACCUACAUUAUUUGCAUGGUCACCAUGGAAACUGGCAACACCUAUGUGGCUGAUGAGACACCUGUGUGUGCCAAGGCAGAGACUGCUGACAGCUAUGGCCCCACCACCACACUCAACCAGGAGCAGAACUCUAGCCCCAUGGUGGGGCUGCCCCUAGCUGGCAUCAUUGGGGGCGCUGUGGCUCUCAUCUUCCUCUUUCUGGUCCUGGGGACCAUCUGCUGGCAUGUGCACCGGGCUGGUGAGCUGCUGACCCGAGACAGGGUCUACAAUAGGGGCAGCAGGAAAAAGGACGACUACAUGGAGUCGGGGACCAAGAAGGAUAAUUCCAUCCUCGAAAUCCGUGGCCCUGGGCUUCAGAUGCUGCCCAUCAACCCUUACCGCGCCAAAGAGGAGUAUGUGGUACACACCAUCUUCCCCUCCAAUGGCAGUAGCCUUUGCAAAGGCGCCCACACCAUUGGCUAUGGCACCACACGGGGCUACCGGGACGGUGGCAUCCCUGAUGUGGACUAUUCUUACACUUGAUGCCAGCUGUCCUGGCUUGGCCAUGUGGCUCUGCCUAGCCUGCUGUGACCCAAGAGCCAGGAGGAGAAAUUCCAUGAUGAUUUUCCCAGCAGAAAGCAAAGUUUUGGAAGGGUUGAUGAUUUUUGUAGAACACAACAGUGGAAAACAAUUUUUUUUUUAAAUAUAUAGAAGGCAGGAGGGGGAUUUAGAGUUGUUGGAGACAAUUUAUACUGGGUCACGCCAGUUGAGGGAAAGACUAAAAAUAACAUCGCAGGAAGGGCUGGCUUUUCUUUUUCUUUCUUUUUUCUUUUUCUUUUUUUUUCCUGAACUGGAAAGAUACUACCUGUACAACAUCUGCGUACACCUCAGGCUCUGUUUGGGGCCAUCACAAAAGAACCAUCAGAGAGAAGCAGUUGACACAAGGAGCCCCCACGCAGCCACCUUGCUGCCGGCUGCUCGCAGGCAACAACCUGAUGGAAGGUUUUUGGGUUCCUCACAAAGGAGCUGGAGGAAGAAAAGAUCUUUUGCUAUGGAGAUAUUGUCCUGAAAUCUCUUCCCUCAUUUUUUUUUCCACGCCAUUUUUCUUACCGAUCUGCAGAAAUAUGACGUCUUUUACGGCGUUCUCAGAACAAUGCUAUAGUUGAUUAAAGAAAGAAAAAAAAAAAAAACCCUGAACUUUUUCUUCCAGUGCUGAAGUUCCAUUCACCACACUCUGUAGGAGCUCGGGUGGAAGCUGUAGCGGAACCACGUGGUGGUUCUUUUCUGCCCACCUAGCUCCGUGUCGUGUCUCUCGGUAGAGAUGGGUAGAUAGGGCCAUGUGUACUGCCCUUUCAGUACUCCUUGGGUCAGUCCGUACCAUUUCCUGAGACAAUAGAAUUGCAAAAAUUUUGCUUUUUUCUAGAAGUCAUUGAAUAAGUAGGCCACGUGUUGGGGGUGGGAGUGAGGUGGAGGGAAGAGCCUCAGUCUGGGGGUGGGGUCUUGCUGUUGUUAGGUGGUGGCAUGUGCAUUCCAGGGGUGGGGUUUCCGGAGGAGCUGGCCAAGGGUGCUUUAGUUCCAUCCCAUCACAGCCUGGCCAGGGCUGGACCACUCUCCUGUCUGAUAUAAAGAAAAACUUUCCUUGAUGGCAGAGGGCCCUCAUCUGCCCAUCCCCCAGUAGAUUCAUUCACCUUGCUAGCAUUUACUGUGUAUUUUCUCCUGGGACAAGAGUGCAGGGACUGUUUUUAUAUAUACACAUAUCAGCUGACUUAGACCUAUUGGUUUCCAUGGCUGCUCAAACAAAGCCCAGUUAAAAAAAAAAAAGACAGAAUUUUUUUUUUUUUUUUAUAAAAUCCCUGGGAAACAUUAGCUCACAUACACAUACACCCUAAUGUAGAAAUCCAGCCAUAACAAUGCCUGGGACUCCACUAUCAAGAGGGAGAGACCAGCUCUCUUUGUAAAAACGCCAGCCUUGAAAAGGGUACUGAUGGGGCCCUUGGAAUAGUUAAGAUUUUAUUUCUUCCCCAUGGAAUCAAUGUUGCUAUCAUUUGUCAACUGAUAGUAUGGUGUGGUGAGCCAUGAGAUUAAAACGAUGGUGAAAUAAUGACAGCAAAUCUGGAAAGGAGGGAAGAGCAGUGCCCAGGGUUCUGAUGUCAGUUGCGUCCCACACUCUGGGAGCUUGGGUCACUAUCUGUCAAUGCAUCACUUUGCCCUGCACCAGGAAAAAAAAAUGUCAUCAGAGAAAGACACUGCUCUGAGGGCAGGAGGAUGAGACGGGGCCCGGCUCCAGCAGUGGCAUUUUCAAAAGACCUCUGCCACUUUGACCAAAGCAAAGGCAGGAAGAGAAAGCCAGGCGGCUGCUACUGGGCUGCCUGCAACGUGCCUGGGUAUCGUCUGCUUGCUGGACAUUAAAAGAGCCAACCAGCCCUUCAGUGAAGAGAUCAGAUUGAAAGACGUGGACUCAGCAGGUGCCCCAGGGUAGCAGAACAAGGCACAGGUUGCUGAUCGCAGCCCAAAGGGUCGUUUUACAAAAUGGAGACCCCAACGCUUCAACCCCAGGGAACAGCCAAGGGGUAUGGACACAGAUCACUCCAAACAAGACCUUUCUUUUCUUCUUCCACCUGAGUCAUUUUUUCCAUAGAAUGAGAUCAUGAGAGAAAUGUUCCCAAGCCUUCAUUUCAGGGCUCUAUGGAGAAGGUCAAGGGGCUGGCAACGAAGGGUUUCUCUCAUCCUGGUGGCCAGCAAGGAGAGAAGCUCAUCUGGGCAAGUUCUCCUCGAAGCACUUGACCCCCUCGGCCUUGAAUCCAUGUCUCCGGCAUAAGCAGAUGGAAAAGACAGCCUUGGCAAGAUCUGGCAGCCACCUUAGCCUCAAUGGGUGAUGGAAACUAGCAGAAAACUGGAUAGGCCCAGGGGGGCAAUUCAGGGGACCAAAAAUCCAAGGCAACAGCCAGCCUUGCCUGCCACCCCCCCAACUCCCACCCCCCAGCCCCCGCCUGAGCUUAAGAGUCCCCGCACCCCAGCCACCCGCCUGGAACUAAUCAGGCUUUCUCCUCAAGAAAGAAAAACAAACGAGACAAGAACAGACAAUCAAAGCCACAGCAGGUCCUAGGCUGCCACAGCUAAUCCCCUGGGGCCCAUCAUUCCAGGAAUCUCUCACUUGCCCUGGAUGGAAAAUAAGCUGGCAGGGUCCCCACUAUCCCUCCUCCAGAGGUUCUGGGCUUAAAAGGGGGUGGGGUGCCACACACACAAAACCCAAAUGUAGCCUUAUACAUUUUUCCCCAACCCAGCAUAGACGCUUCCGGAUGGUCUCAGUAGAGAAGCCACCUGGGUGACCAGGGCAUCGUGUAAGAACAAGACCCCAUGUAAUCCUGCCCCUAAUGGGAGACUCGGAGCAGCGGGGAGAAAGCCAUGGGCUCAGUGAAGGUUUGUCACCUGAGGGAGAGACAUAGAAUAGAUGGCACCAGCGCUGGUCUCCUCUGUUAGCUGCAGAGACCUGUGCCCCGGGGACACAAUUCUGCUGGCUGGGAGCCACCAGCAGGUGUGAGCAGGGACUGAGAUGCCAAAGGCACAGGUCAGCUCAGAGGAUCUCCAGCCCAGCAAGAGAACCUCAGAGUGGACAGUUUGCCAGCUCCCAACAGUACUGCCCUCCGGGUGUGCAAAGGGUAUGUGAACUCAGCAUUGCCAAACAUCCUGGUAAGUCCCUCUGCUAGAGAAGGUGGGAUGCCUCGCCAGCCGAGGGCAGUGGGGGCCCUGCACCCUCAACUUCCCAAGCCUCUGGCCCUCCUCAGCCUCAGAAUCAGCCCCAUGGGGCCCCUUGGCUGCACCCUCCUUGUCUUUUCUUCUUUUUCUCUGAAGGGCAGAGCAAUCCCGGGGGUCUGAGUGAUGGGAAAACCCCUGCUGCUGCUGCUGCUGCUGCCGCCACGACCACCUGAGACCUGGCAGGCUGGUGAGGCUUUGUACCCACCUGCCUCACUCCUGACUCUACCAUCAGACAGGGGUUUUCGGAAAACCACGAACAACACACAAACACCCACCACCACGACAACAACACAAACCAAAGUGCACUGCGAACCGCCCUUUGGCCUCCUUCUUGUAGGUGCCUUGAAACUUCAAUGUUGAGAUGAAUGUGAUUAACUACUUGGUCCUAUUUUCUGUUUGUCUGUUUUCAUAUAAAAUGUCCAAGUCCAUA